CUGCUAGGGUUUUGCAGUUCCACGCUAUAAAAACGCUCGCUUAGCCCUCAAUAAUUUCUACCUUUCUUUGAGCGGGAUCUUCUUCAACCCUAAUUUUCAGAAGGUUUCCAGGUUUUGGUUGAAGAAUAUCUCAAAAAGCUCCACCCCUGUUCAAGAUGAGCCGACCAAUGGAGGAAGAUGUUGCUGUUAAAAAUGAGGAAGAGGAAUUUAACACGGGACCGCUUUCUGUUCUCAUGAUGAGUGUUAAAAACAACACACAGGUGCUCAUUAAUUGUCGGAAUAACAAAAAGCUGUUGGGUCGUGUCAGAGCCUUUGAUCGGCAUUGCAACAUGGUUCUUGAAAAUGUCAGGGAAAUGUGGACUGAGGUACCAAAAACUGGGAAAGGCAAGAAAAAAGCCCAUCCAGUCAACAAGGACAGAUUCAUCAGUAAGAUGUUUCUUCGUGGAGAUUCUGUUAUCAUUGUUCUUAGGAAUCCCAAGUGAGGUGGAUCUGCAUUGUUUGUAUUGACAGUUCUCUUGACGGGUGGAAAUUGAGUUUUUAUAUCGUAGCAGCAACUAAUCUGGUUUAAAUGCCCCAUCCUUCAAACUAGGGGGCCAAGAUCAUACUAAGUUGAUGAGGGGUAUCUGCAUCAGGUAAAAAAAGAGGAUAAAAAGAGGAUUUGAUUAGGAUGACACUAAUGUCCAUAUACAGGAGCUUUUCCAUGUAUUCUGUGCUGUUCUGUUUUGUAAAUUAGAUUUAAGCAAAGAUGUACUUAACAUGUUAACCCAAUCAUAUCAUAUCAUUAAUAGUGGUUCAAUUA